AUGGACAAGUUCUCGAACAUCCCAUUUAUGAAUGAAGUCGAAGAGGAUGCUGGGCCAUCGUCCCCUGAUACCGAGGAAGACGAAAACCUCUCGUGCAUCAUGCCUUUAGAUAAAUCUGAAGGGCCUGCUCAGUCAGCGCACUCUGCUAGCGAAUCAAAUGGUGAGGACGACGACUGCAAGGCGCAUCCGGAUCGUUGUACAAAUUUAAAAGGUGUACGAAAAUGCCUUAUCUAUGGAGGAAUGGAGGCGCUAGUGCAUAUCCUUGACCUGACACUGGACAUAUACGUGACCGUAAAUUUCUUCAAAAAGGGCGAAAUCGUGUUAGCCAUAUUGGGCACCUGCUUCAUUGCUAUACCCUAUUUGUGCACUAUUCUUCUGAGCCUUCUUGGAUUUUGGCUCAUUUCACGUAAUCAAACUGGCACGAAAAGGCCCUGGUGCGCCCUGGUUGUCUUGCAUACUCUGCCAAUUGUGCCUGUCCUUUGGUAUGUUUGGACUGCAUUCUUCACCCUAACUGCUUUUCUGACACAAAUUCUCAUCAUGCCAGAUAUGAAUCUUAGACUUUCGAACGGUUAA